AUGGCCGGACGUCACACACAGGCACGGUUUGAGUUCAGCCUCAGGAAAAACAUGACACCUCAUGAUAUCGCAGACAUGUUCAACGACUUUGCUGAAGACUUUGAAGAGGUAUAUUCAAGCAUUGGUUGGAGACCUUAUGAAGUUGUCGGAGACUUCAUGGCUAAAAUUAUCCCAGAGGAAAAUAGAUCAAAACUAAAAGUCUUGGAUGUUGGAGCUGGCACAGGACUUCUUGGAAAUAAGCUAAAGAAUCAUGGGUUCACACACGUUGAUGCUUUGGAUCCAGCAGAGAAGAUGCUGAAUGUGGCCAAAAGGCGCAAGAUCUACCAAAGAUACCUCUGUGCCUUUAUGAACAAAGACAGAAACGAUGCCAUAGAAACGGGUGGUCGAAUCACUUUCACGGUUCCAACCAAGUUAAUCAACAACUCGGACAACUUACGGGACCGGUUACUUCCCCUUAUAGACCAGUUGGCGGAAGAGGGCGUGUGGAAGGUCACUUCCGUUGCACUCGGAGAUGGAGAACUUUCUUUCACAGACGGUCCGGGGACUUUGUUUAGUUUGAAGGUUCUUGUGUCAGAAAAGAAGUUUUAA